ACAAACUUCUGCAGUAUUUCUUUGCUCUUAUAUCAAUCUCCUGAUAUGAAGGCUACUGCAUAACAUCUUCUGUCCGCAUCAAUUUGAAUUUCUGGGCUCCGAUCGAUCAACAUGAUUGAAAACAUACAAUGAAGAAUAGGAGAAUAUUCAAGAAGCAGUCUGCCCACUAACCAUAGGAUAGGCUGCCGAUUUCUGCAGAGGAAUAUAUGAUCAACAAUGGAAGCAAUAUAUCUAGAACAAAAACGCAACAUGAAAAGAAGAUUAAUGGAGAGUAAUCAAGUUGGUGCAGAAGUUAGAAGAAUUCAUGUCAUUUACUUCCUUAGUCGAAAAGGUAGGAUUGAGCAGCCUCAUCUCAUUCGAGUUCAUCACCUCUCAAGAAAUGGUGUACAUUUGCGAGAUGUCAAGAGAUGGUUGGGAGAAUUGCGAGGAAAGGACAUGCCUGAAUCAUUUUCUUGGUCAUACAAGAGGAGAUACAAAAGUGGAUAUGUAUGGCAAGACCUGCUGGAUGAGGAUCUCAUUACCCCUAUCUCAGAUAACGAAUAUGUCCUCAAAGGAUCGGAAAUUUCUUCCACAGCCACAAUAGAGGAUUCACCUAGCGAAAAGAGAUAUUCAAUGCACAAAGAGGAAGAAGACAGUAGUGAUCGUAUACCCUCCUCCACUGAAGAAAAUCCAGAUGAUGAUCAUCAUCAUCAAGAAACAAAAAUGGACCAACCUACAAAAAUCUUUUCUCCAGAAAUUGAGGAAGAAUCACCAACUUUUGGCUCUGAACAGUCAUCGACAUUGACUGAUGAUUCGAUGAAGACCAAAGAUCAGGAUCAGGAUCAAGAAAAGAAUUCUAGUUUCCAGACUCCCAAAGAAGAAAUGCAUGAAGAAAGUGACAAAAGUGAGGGUUCUUCAUACUAUUCACCUCUUUCCAGUAAAAGGAACAAGAAGGCCAACAACGUUAUGUCUGAAGAAAAAAUAAGUGCACCAUCUUCAUCAGCAUCAACCUCAUCAACAGCACAACCUUCAUUUUCUAAGAGCAGGAGUUAUUCAAAUGCAUCUCAUCUGUUCCGAAAUUUGAUCACUUGUGGAGCUGUGGAGACAAAUGAUUCAGUCAUGCUUACAAUCAGUCGUCGCAAUAAACCACCCGCGAAUGCAAAUUUGUCAUCUUUGGAUAAGCAGAAUCAUGUUUCUAACGGUACCAAGGAGCUACUACAGAAAGGGGACAAGUUGGGAGGGUCUCAAAGGAUCUUUGGGACUAAUUGGGAUCAACAAAGACAAAGCAGUGGAAGGAAAAGCUUUGAUGGGGUGAGGGCUUCACAGAAGAAUAAUAGCGAAUUCAAUAACCAGAAGACAAAUGCUGCGCACAAGCCUAUUUAUGGACCGCCCUGCUCGCAAUGCGGGAAGCCAUUUAAGCCAGAGAAACUGCAUGCACAUAUGAAAUCCUGCAGGGGGAUGAAGGCCUGGGCGAAAUAUAGUGGCCCUGCAAUUUCUGCUGCUGCUGCUGAUAAGCCAGCAGAAUCCCCGCAGGAGAAUUUGGUCUCUGGCUAUUAUUUGACUCACUGAUACAAGACUUUUUAAGAGUAGAUAAUCUUCAAUUCUUCAAGAAUCUGGUUCAUUUUGAUCGGAAAUUUUAGCACUCAUCUCUUGAAAGCUUUGCAUGUAAAUGCAAAUGAGCAGAGCGCAGGCAGAUGUUUAUGAAACACAAACUACAUGAGCAUUUACAUUCCAGUUCGUCACAUAAAUGGAGGCUGACUGCCAAUCAAAGUACAUAUAAGUUAUGACUGAACCUGUAUGAGGUGUUCUUCUUCACAUAAUUAGUACAAUAUGCAGGUCCAACGGUCUAUAUACGAAUAGGGUACCCAAUCAACUACCCUUUAUACAAAAUGAUAAGAGUAUUUGUUUACAAACAAACCACAGAUUAGGAACAAAAUUUUCAAUUGCAGAUUUAUGAAUUUAACUACUGCCAAGGACACUCAGGAGUGUGCCCGUAUCACAAGUCACAAAGAACUGGCAAUAUAUUGUUAGAAUUCCAUGAACUCUGUUGCAAAACAUCAUAUUAGUUCAAAGGAGAGGUUUUCUGAGCAAUAGGGUACUAAUGUUUUAGCUUUGGAUGGAAUGAAGCAAUUUGGCGCCGUGCUAAUUGGUUGGCAAAUUAUGGAAGGAAUUCAGCCAAAAGCAUUAAAACUCUUUAACCUAUAACGAUGGUGAGAAUGACUUUUUUAUGAGCUUUUGGUGCUAUAAACAAAUUGUUGCAAUUCCAAACUGACAUGAAUAAAAUACAGCUGUGAACUGUCAAUGUCAUGACAAGUUCAGAUUACUCCUGUCAAAAAUU